ACGAGGUCUAUCGAUACGUUGAUGCAGAAUUUUAAAAAGAGGUUGACAGUAGCACUAGUUCUCGGACUCAUUGAGGAGAAGCGAGUGUAGGAGCAGUGAACCCGUUUGCAGGUUAUGACUAACCGGGGCUAAUUACGUAUCUUAAACAAUACGGAAUAUUUGAAAAAAAAAUAUUUUUGACAAAACGAAACUUCUUGUCGAAAAGAGCUCAUUAUCAGAUAUUUUUGGACAACAUAGAAGAAAUGGCCAUUGCUGCGCUUUUGCUAAUUCUUAUUUUUGUUGGCUUCGGUCAAGCAGAGAUUCGUAGUGCUGCCUUCAAAAUGACGGCGGAGUAUCGCCAGCAGGGUGGGGUGUCUCAAUCGCUAGGAGGCCACUCAAGAGAGGACUGUUCCAUGGUCUGCUUGGUUGAUAUGUCGUGUGUUGGAAUAAACUACCACCAGGGUACUGGAGUAUGUGAAACAUAUGGUAGCAGCCUGCCCGCCAAAAUAGGUGGAAACGCGGCGGGUUGGGUGCAUUUAGCUCGUCUUGGGAUAAAUCUUGAAAGUUGCUACUUCAUCCAUGGACCGUACGGGUGUCUCGUACACCAUACAUUCAAUGAUGAAGCUGUGUGGUCAUCAAGACGAAUCACCGGAGCAAAUGUCAGAGCUGGGCUCUGGACUGAUAGCAUACAGUUUGAAUAUAGCGGCAUCCCCGGACAGAAGGCGGGAGGUGAUGGUGGUGCCCUGAAUACCAUGCAAUUUGCUGAGGACGAAUUUAUUACAAGGGUCGUCAUCACUCUCCGAACUAAUUACUGUCUUCAGUCGCUGACUUUCCACACCAACCUUGCGACCUACGGCCCUUAUGGAGUUCCCGAAGGACGACCAGAGACUGUGGUCGACUUCUCCAGCGAAAGCAGAUUGAGGUACAUUUCGGGACGCUACGCAACCUCCCUUAACGCAAUAGCGUUCCACGAAGAGGUAGAGUGCGGGCAGUGA